AUUAAGGGUAAAAAAAAGAUCAAAAAUGGGAGGUGGUGGUAAUAUGUUUAAUCCAACAAGUAUAAGUAAAGAAAAGAAAAAUCCUCUCCAAAGAGUGCCAAUUUCAAAUCCCCCUUUUACAAUUGGUGAUAUCAAGAAGGUCAUCCCUCCUCAUUGCUUUCAUAGAUCUGUCAUUCGUUCCUCCUUCUAUCUUAUUCAGGAUCUCAUAUUUACCUUCAUCUUCUACUACAUUGCCACUACUUACUUCACCGUCUUUCCAUCCCCGUAUUCUUACCUAGCAUGGCCUAUUUACUGGAUCUUUCAAGGUUGUGUUUGCACCGGACUAUGGGUCAUUGCCCAUGAAUGCGGCCACCAUUCCUUCAGUCAGUACAAAUGGUUAAAUGACAUUAUCGGUUUUAUACUCCACUCAGCACUUUUAACACCCUAUUUUUCAUGGAAAUAUAGUCAUCGUCGUCACCACUCCAACACUGCUUCUCUUGAGAAUGAUGAAAACUAUGUACCUAAGUUUAAAUCCAAACUAAAAUGGUACACAAAAUCAUACGUGAAUAAUCCACUAGCGCGAUUAUUAUUACUUGCCUUCACCCUCACUGCUGGCUUGCCUUUGUACUAUGCCAUCAAUAUAGCCGGUAAACCUUAUGAUCGUUUUGCAAGUCAUUAUGAUCCAUAUAGCCCUAUUUACAAUGACCGUGAGAGACUACAAAUUUACAUCUCUGAUGUAGGUGUCAUUGCAACUAUUUAUUUAUUAUAUCGUGUUGCUUUGACACAAGGGCUAACUUGGGUUGUAUGCAUCUAUGGGGUGCCCCUUCUAAUUGUGAAUGGAUUCAUAGUGUUGAUCACUUUAUUACACCACACUCAUGCUUCAUUGCCACAUUAUGAUUCAUCAGAAUGGAAUUGGCUAAGAGGAGCUCUAGCUACUGUAGAUAGAGACUACGGCGUGCUAAAUAAGGUGUUCCAUCAUAUUAUAGAUACUCAUGUUUUACAUCAUUUAUUUUCAACUAUACCACAUUAUCAUGCUAUGGAGGCCACCAACGCCAUCAAGCCACUACUAGGAGAAUACUAUCAAUUUGAUGGAACUCCAUUUUACAAAGCAUUAUGGAGAGAUUUUAAGGAGUGUCAAUAUGUAGACAAAGAUGAAGGAUCUCAAGACACAGGCAUUUUCUGGUAUACAAACAACAUGUAAAAGUGGACCAAUAACUACUUAUUAACUAGAAUUGGCUAAAUGUUUGCCACUUGAGUUGUUGUUAGUAUUUUGGAUUGUGUGUUUUCAUAAUAAUACUGUAUUUGUAUUGUUAGUAGAAACAUUUUUAAGUUAUUGAAAAUAAUGCCUUUUUUAU